AUGGUUGAGAAGAAGGUGCGCAAGGACGAGAUCGUCACUCGCGAGUACACCAUCAACCUCCACAAGCGCUGCCAUGGCUGCACAUUCAAGAAAAAGGCUCCCAAGGCCAUCAAGGAGAUCCGUAAGUUUGCUGCGAAGGCCAUGAACACGAAGGAUGUGCGUGUGGAUGUGAAGCUCAACAAGCAAGUAUGGUCACGCGGUGUGCGCAAUGUUCCCCGUCGUGUGCGCGUGCGCAUUGCUCGGAGGCGCAACGAGGAUGAGGACGCCACUGAGGAGUUCUACUCCAUUGUGACCGUGGCUGAUCUCCCUGCUGAGGGCUUCAAGGGUCUUGGUCCCAAGGUGGUGGAGGAUGAGGAGGCCUAA